AAAGUAUUAGCUAUUUUCUCCACCCUCUACAAAAACAUGGCUGCACCCUUGGCCCUCAGACGGGAUUUUUUCUCUUUAGCCAGAAUAUUAGGUGGAAUUUCACAAUUGGGACCGAGAGGUUUAAGUGCUUGUUCCAGUCACAGGAAAUGCAGUCAAACUCCAUUCCACUUCCUACAAACAUCCAGCCCUUUCUUCCACACAGCCACAUAUUUAUCUUCAACACCUUUAACAAUCACUGUCACAGAUGAGCCUGACACGCUCUUCCAGAAGGUGCUUGUUCUGGUCAAAGCUCACGACAGAGCUGUGUUGGACAGCUAUGAGUUCUUCGCCACCAUGGCGGCUAAAGAGCUGGGCAUCACUAUGGGCAAAGUUUCGGAACCUCCCAAAGACAUAGAGCGACUGACACUCCUGAAGUCUGUGCACAUUUACAAGAAACACAGGGUUCAGUAUGAGAUGAGGACACACUACCGCUGUAUUGAGCUACUGCAUAUUACAGGCUGCACAGCACAAGUGUACCUUGAAUAUAUCCAGAGGAAUCUUCCUGAAGGUGUGGCCAUGGAGGUGACAAAGACUGCUAUGGAGAAGAUUCCAGAUCAUAUCCUUGAACCCAUUUGGAAAGACCACCCAGUCGAUGACAAAUCCAGUAAAUAGGUUGUCUAAAGCAUUUUCUUAAUUGGAAAAAGUGUAAGCAGUUGUCCGCCUAUAAAACUGUAAUAUCAUCAAGCAAAGCAGAUUACUGAUCUUUAGCUUCAUAUUUUCUAUUCAUUUAUUAUUGUGUUAAACACGUGGUACUCCUGUAGAAACAUUUGUUUCUAAGUAAAGUUCAGCAUGAAAUCUCC